AUGAUUCGUCAUAUAGCAUUUCAAAUUCAUUACAUAAACUUUACAUUACAAAAAUAUCAACUGUUAUUGUUCUUUACAAAUUCCAUAACAAUUUCACACGCGCAUGUCCAAAAUGAAGAAGCCGUAAAGUCCAGUGGUGGUGAAGGGAUUAUUGUCAGGGAGCAUGAUUCCCAAGGCUUUGGAAUAACUUCAGAUUCUAGUGGAGUAUCAGACCCGAACCGUCCCAUAUCUGAUCAAACUGGUUUACGUGGUUUGUUGGAUAGAUUACGAAAUACUUUUGGAUUUCCGACAUCAGUUUCUCUAGGGUCUUUGCAGCCUCCUGUCAUUCCUGAUUCUUUGACAGCUUUGUCCCAGUAUCUAAGUCACAUGAGCCAUGAAUUUGAUAUAAUUGUCAGAGAAGGGGAGAAUAAUGCCCAAGCAGCUGAGGCUCAUAGUAAUGGUGAAAUGGGAUCUGUUUCUUCACGUUUGGGUUCAACACCGGAAAGUUUUUUAUCACUCGCAUCCUUGGCAGAAGUCUUGCGUUCUACCAGUCGAAUGAUCACUGAACAAGCUGGGGAAUGCAUACUUCAACUGGCAAGACAACUGGAGAAUCAAGCAGAUGUAACUGAUGCACAAUUGAGAUCAACCGCCCAAUCUAGGGCUUUGGCGACUGGAGUAUUGUUUUAUAACCUGGGCACAUUUUUACUUGAGCUUGGUCGAACAACCAUGACAUUGCGUAUGGGUCAAACACCGUUUGAAGCUGUUGUUAAUGGUGGACCCACAGUUUUUAUAUCACCUAGUGGUCCUAAUCAUAUCAUGGUUCAGCUUUGGUGUUGUCCCUGUAGAAGUUGCACGGUCUGA